GCAACUUUCAGAAAGGGAAAACAACUGAUCCAAUCGUAUCCGCGCAGAAAGCUCCGACGUGAGUCCUCCUCUGGUUGGUCUCCAGAUCUCUCCCAUCCACCCCCGUGGUUCAAACCCUGCGCGCACGGAGGCUGCCUCUUGGUUCAGGACUAAUUUAGGACUGCGCUUUGAAGCGGGAGCGCACUGUCGGUCACUGCGUUUAGGAGCGCUGCCUACUUCACCGAACUUCAUUACAACUUUUUGACGGGGGGGCGCAUCAGGGAGAAGAAGGGAUUUGGGUUGUUUCUGGUCACCCGGCUGGGAGUUUUGAAGCAGGAUCGCAGCAUGGAGACAAAAGUCAGCGGGUGUAACGGGGAAAGCAAGCCGGCGUGUCAGUGCGCCAACAAGUCCGGGGUCCAGCGGUGGCUGCCGAGCUUUCCCAUGGCUCUCUGCCUGCUCCUGUCUCUGAGCUCCAUCGCCGUGUGCCUUCUGAUGGGCGUCAGGACUCACCAGCUGGAGCACCGGCUGCACAUGGAGAUGGACAAGGCGUCCGUCCUCCAGGCUCCGCGGAGGUCUUUCAAAGACGAGGAUGGGACCCUCGUUUCAGAGCUUAGCGUCCCGGUGGGAAAGCUGGUGGAGGAGAAAGUGGCAGCUCUGAUUCCAAAAUUGCGGACUGCUAGGGAUGUUGGCCAAGAGUGCUCCUGUCCUCCAGGGCCGCCGGGAAAACGCGGACGGAUCGGAAGAAGAGGGGAUCCCGGGCCUCCUGGCAAGGCUGGACGGGAUGGAUACCCGGGUCCACUUGGCUUGGACGGCAAACCAGGCUUACCGGGACCCAAAGGAAGCCAGGGCCUGCCCGGACCCAAGGGAGAGAAGGGUGACCAAGGAGACAUUGGGCCAAGGAUGGUUUUCCCUCGAUAUGACCACAGCUUUCUCGCUGGAGAGCAGUCCAGCAGCUUUCAGAGACGCUUUCUGAAGGGUGAUCAGGGCCAAGCCGGACCCGCCGGGCCUCCUGGUCCGCCUGGUCCUCCUGGCCCCCGGGGGCCCCCAGGGAACACCGGGAAGGACGGGCCUCGUGGUCCUGCUGGAGAGCCGGGUUUGCCGGGUCGAGAUGGCGUUGAGGGGCCGCAGGGAACGCCAGGGAAGCCGGGAGAUGAUGGAGAGCCCGGCUAUCCAGGAAUGCAGGGUCCUCCGGGGCCGAAGGGGGAGCCAGGAUUUGGAGAGAAAGGAGAGAGAGGCAUGAAUGGAUUCCCAGGAUUAAAGGGUGACAAAGGGGAAGCAGGCGAGCAAGGACCACAGGGACCCAUGGGUUAUCAGGGGGAAAAGGGCGCCGCCGGCUCCUCGGACAUCAUCGAUUUCAACGGAAAGCUCCUGGACGCGUUCCAGGCCAUCAAAACCAUCAGCGUCUCGGGCCCACCUGGACCACCGGGACUUCCUGGCCCUCCAGGGGAAAAGGGAGAGCUUGGGUUGCCUGGGCCUGCAGGAGUAGAUGGAGAAAAGGGGCCCAAAGGUGAUGUGGGUGAAAUGGGACCUCCCGGUGAGAGAGGAGAGAAAGGAGAGAUGGGUCUUUCUGGACCUGCUGGGAUGGAUGGACAUAAAGGGGAAAAAGGUGACUGCAGACUGGACGACAACCUGAUUCAGAUGAUCUCUCAGCCGGGGCCUCCUGGUCCACCCGGCCCCCCCGGGGUGCCCGGGUCCCCAGGAUCCACGGGGCUGCACGGGAUGCCCGGCCCCAAGGGGGAGCCCGGAGCUGGCGUCAAGGGAGAGAAGGGGGAGCACGGGGCCCCCGGAUACAAAGGGCUGGACGGCCACCAGGGUCCGCCCGGGGCUCCUGGGCUGGUGGGCCUGCCGGGCGCAAAGGGAGAAAAGGGCCGACCAGGGGAGCCGGGACUAGACGGUUUUCCAGGUUUGAGAGGAGAGAAGGGUGACCGGGGGGAAAAAGGAGACAAGGGUGACAGAGGGGCGGUGGGGAAGAAAGGCAUGAAGGGUAACAAGGGAGAACAGGGUCCUCCAGGACUGGACCAGCCCUGUCCUGUGGGCUGUGGUGACAGUAAAGAUCAGUCUGUGAAAGAAGGGCUUUCUUCCCCUGAAACUGCUCCUCUUCCUCCUUCUGGCCCUGAGGCCCCCUGUCCUGUGGGACACGAUGGGCUUCCAAUACCAAGCUGUUGGCAGAAGUGAUGACUAACCAGCAGCAUGGGACCUGUACAUAUUGAUAUGGUAUAUUUUGCAGCUGUAUACUAUCCCAACAAACCUCUUUUUCACCUUUUUUUUUUUAAAAAAAAACAAAAACAAAAUCCUAUUAUAUAAUAUAUUGAAAGAUAAAGAAUAAGGAGUUGUUUUUUUUUUCUUGGCCUUUUUUAAACUCACAAAUCAGUGUGAAAGCAGCCAUGAACUGGCAGUGGGACUUUUAGCUCGAAGGACGGUCCAAAUGUCAGUGCUGGAGUUUAGAAGAGUGCCUCACUAACAAUGUGUGACCGGCAUGUUGUGAAACCAGAGGAGACGUAGGGACUGUGUGACGGUGUGUGCACUCAUCCGAAUCUCACCGAUGGAUGGAUGGAUGUUCAAAGAGAUGGGAUUUUUUAUUUUUUUUAUUUUUUAAGCAGAUGGAGGAGUGUGGUGUCAGUGCUCUCUUGUCCUCUCUCUCUCUUUCUCUCUGUCUCUCUCUGUUUUCCACAAGGAGGAAAUGGCGAAGCAGAAGCUCAAACGCAAGCGUCUCUCUCAGCCCUGAGAGGAAGGAAGGCAGUCCGGUGGGGAGAGGACACAUAAAUGAGCAGAGAGAGUUAAAAAGGGGGCGUUUUUUUUUCUGAGGCAAAGCUUCAUAUGUGAUGCUUCUGCGUCCCACGCACAUGUUGCGUUACAGAGACUCUCCAGGAGGGGGCGACAGAACUCUGCAUUUCCACAAUCACCUCCGAUGGGAAAGAAACCUGUUGCUGAUGAUGUUGCGCGGUAGUUUGAUAACCAGUUGAAGUUUUCUGGGAGUCGUCGACGUCCCUGGCACAUAAGGAAGGAAUUUACUGUGCAGAUACUUUGUUAUGAUAACAUGUCGUAUGAGAUUGUUGUAAAAUAUAUUGAUGCAUGUCAGUGUUGUUUAGCACCCUGACAGCUUGUAGGACUUCUGAUGAAACCAUGACACAAACAGAAGAUGAAUUUUCAUUUGCAAUAAGAUAUACAAUUCUCUUAGAUAUAAAAUCCCUUCGAAAAUAUCAUUCGGUCAAGUAUUGUAAAGCUUAAAUAUGUGUGUUGUAUUAGUUUUGCCUUUUAGGGUCAUGUUUCUUCAGCUACAGUUUGCAUUCCUGUGUAUUGCCUUGAUUGCUGAGUAAAAUUUUGAAGGAACCAUGUGCAGUAUUUUUGGAUCAAUCAGUGUUGCCCUGGGAAAUAAUCCCCCCCAGCUGAUGAGCUUCAACUCACCUUUGUGCUUCAGCUAAAAAGGGAGGCAGGUUGGAUCGCUGCUUACAGUAUUUUGGACAACAGUAGAAGUUUUUUUGCUGCUGACUUAAAUGUGUGUGUUUAUUUUUUUUUAUAUAUAUAUAUAUAUAUAUAUCUGUUUGUGAAUCAACAUUAACUCUGGAUUUGAGAACCAAUACACUUAAUAAUGUAAUUUGAACCAAAUACAUAUGCAACAACUCUUCAUUGGUCACUCAGCGAUAUAUGUUCUAGACAAGUUAUUGUUUUUGCUGUAUGGAUUUUUUUUAUUAUUAUUAUUUUCAACGAAAACCAUCUUUGCUAUCGGGUGAGAGUUGUUUUGUGUGAUGCUGACAACACAUCUCUCUCAGAUGGAAUCGUUUAUCGGUGCUUAAGUACUUUUAUUGCAAAUCCUUAUCAUGAAAAGGGGCGGUUCUUACAUUAAUGGCAGCCCGUCCUUCUGCCACCCCCAACCCAACAAAAUGCUGUAAAUCGGAAUUCCUGUUUGGGAUAAAAUGCAGUAUAGUCACACAACGCAAGCAAAAUGCUCCAUCUAGUCUCCACUGAAGGCAAAUCCAUGAAGAAAAACAUAUUUAGAGCACAACCUAAAAAUAAGUAAUAGUUUUUGUCUGGCCCUUCUGCACCCCCUUUUGCAAUGCUGCCCUGGGCAACCGCCCAGUUUAAAAACCACCACCCAUUUUUGAAAACACACAUCUGCAAUCUUUUCAAAAGCCUUUUUGUAAUGGGUUUGUUCUGACUUGUACUUAUACACCUUUAAAUAUUCUAAUAUAUUUAGAAAGGUAAUGAGAAUUGAGACAGCACACACAGAUACAUUGGUGGACUUUUGUGUACGUUGAUAUGUGUCAUCAUUGGAUGUUUUUACCCGCCUUCUACGCUCAUUACAUUACAUACAGUAUUUCUUUCUCAGUCUUGUUGCAGUUUUAAGCAGAAUUGCAUGAAUUUCUUCAGGUUUAUUUUGGAAUUGGAAAGAUUUUUUUGAUGAUGUAAAAACAUUAGACUGUUAUUAAUAUUAUAAUGUUCAUCUAUAAUGUGGUAUAUAAGUCCUGUAAUAUUACACUACAAACAAGCAAAUCUCUUAGAGGAAAAAAUAAAAAGCUGAACAAUGCUACCACAGACUUGUUUCACUGUGGGUAUAGUGUGCUUUUGGUUACUUUUAUGUCAAACUUUCCUUUUGGACUUCCAUGCCCAAAGUUCAAGUUUGGUUCUUUUAGAUCAUUAUACAUUCUCCAUCAAGGAUUUAGGAGAUUUUAGGUGGAAUAUAAUAUUUGCCUACUAAGAAAAAGCUUCUGUCUUGCAUUCCUUAGUCCAGCCAUAUGGAUAAUUUUGUACCCUCUUUGGAUAUUAUGGCUUUAGCUAAAGGAUGCAGUUGAGUAAGUUUGAGUAGGAAAACUUCUCCUAGAACACCUAAACCUUAUCUCAGAUUGAUCAGAUUAAGUAUUCGUCGGAGGCUGCGUACAUUUAUACAACCAGGUUUUUGCAGCUUUUUAAAAAAAAUUAUAUUUCUCCCUCUAACAGAUUUGCAAAAAAAAAAAAAAUGUUUUUAAAUCUGCACAGUAUGAAACUUAAACCGUAUCUCUCAUUUGUACAGUUUUCUUUCCUUAAACUGAGAUGAAUAUUAAGAAAGACUUAUUUUGAAAUGUGUGUUGAGUUGAGUGAAAUUUUAAAAAUGUUAACGCAGAUAAUUAACAUGAUCUUUGAGUACAAAAUAACUACACCUCUUUUUUUAUGGUUUCUUGAAUGUGUCUCUCGUCUAAGUCAGGUCUGGUUUUGGACUGGGAGUUUCAGGUUUAUGCAUUUUAGUUUGGAGAGAAUCCGAUCUGAAAAAAAUAUUAAAGAAGGAAACCUGUUUUUUUUUUUUUGUAUUCAAGUACUCAGACUUCAGUCAGUACAACACAACCCUUUACGUUAUGCCAAUAUAAGCUGGUGGUUAUCUGCUCUCUCUUUAUGGCUUUUACAGAUUCUGUUAGCACUGUUUUCUUGGUAUAAUAAAGUUGAUUUGUGAUUAAAGUUUUAUAUUUUACCCAACCUUAUCCAGCAGUAUUAGUUUGACUUUGUGAGAUUUUUUUUUCUAGUUGUGUAUUUGGUUGUAAAAGAUUCCAUCUGCUUUUUUUGAUUAUUUGUGUAUAUAUAUAUAUAUAUAUAUAUAUAUAUAUAUAUAUAUAAAACCUAAACCUCUGGUCAACUUAACACGUGGACAGAAAUAAACUCAAAGGUUUUAUGAAUUGUCAUUUAAUCAGAAAGAUACACUCCCUUCCUUUUUGUUAAUCAAAGUAAUAAUGCAAAGUAAAGGUAAUGACAUUUAUGAAACUGGAUUUAUACAAAUAAAUGCAUGUAUCAGAGCACUCAUAAAUAUACCGUAUCUCCUGAUUUAUAGGCAUUAAGUCAAAAUUAACAUAAACUAAGCACCGCAUUGCAAAAGUAUCAUACCUCUUGGUCUUAACCAGAAACCUUGGUGUAUUUUAUUGGCAUGUUAUGUUACAGACCAACACAAGGCAGUGCAUAGUUGUGAAAUGUAAUGAAAAUUAUACAUGCAUUUCAAAAAUAUUUGCAAAUAAAUGAAAUGUUUGGUGUG